AGCGUUGAUCAUUCUUUGGGAACAAGUAUGGGACACUAUAUGGAGGCCUCGUCAAUGGGCAUUGGUUCCUUGGUCAAGUUAUUCGAGUCCAGGAGAGACGAAUUUUGUAUUAGCUAUUGGUAUCACUUUCAAUUGAGCUCGGAGUCCUUCUUGAUGGUCAAAGUGCUCAAAGAGUCUGGAGAAGAAAUCCAUCUUGCAACUUACGACCAAGAUAGAGGAUCCAUUUGGCGUUUUGACACAUUUUCCCUCAAGGCCGAUGAAUCAUUUGAGGUGUCUUUUGAAGCUCAUGUGACGGACGAGUUUGCCAGUUUUGCACUGGAUGAUAUUGAGGUCACCAUCAAUCCCUGUCCGACCAUGAAUUCUUGUGACUUUGAAGACGGGACUAUGUGUGCUUGGCACAAUGUCGAUUCGGGUGAAGAUCAAUCUGAUUGGUUAUUGACGGCAGGGUCGACUCACACGGAGGAGACUGGUCCAUCGUUUGACCACACAACGGGAUCGUCUUUCGGUUACUACGUCUACAUCGAUUCCACUCUCUUUGACGGGAACGCGAUCUUGGAAAGUUCGAUCAUGGAAGUGAAUCAAGAGCACUGCCUCACCUUGUGGUAUCACAUGUUUGGAGCAGAUGUUGGUGAAUUGGAGGUCACUUUUGAGAACUACUCGAGCAAUAGUUCAAUUGUGGCCUUCAAUGAAUUCGGUGAUCAUGCUGACAAAUGGAAUAAAGCGUUCAUGGAAGUCUCAUACGAAGAAAGUCCAUACUCCUUAUUGAUCCGUAUCAGAGCUAAUACGUCUGGAGUCGCUUUUCGGGGCGAUAUUGCCAUUGACGAUUUGCAAAUGGAGCCCAGGUCUUGUUUGACUCCAACAACUCCGAUGACACCGCCUUCGUUCACCACGGCCUCUCCCAUUUUAAAUCUGAGUUGCAAUUUUGAAGAGCAUACCUUUUGUAACUUCACCAAUAACGGCACGGAUAACUUGGCUUGGGAUUUGGCCAGGCAGGAACAGGAUCACACGACAGGGACGGGCUACUACAUUGUGAUGGACUUCAAUCAAGGCAAUGGUGAACCUAAUUCUCAAGCUGCCCUUCAAUCCCCAAUGAUUCCCAAAGAGCCCAACUUGUGUCUCAGCUUCUGGUGCAAGCAAGUUGCCGCCCAAGGUGAACGGUUCCAAGUGGAAGCCUCCACUUUGGACUUCCAAUCAACGUGGACUUUGUUUGAGCGACAGGGGUACCAGGGGUACCAAUGGCGACAAGCCCAAGUCCCUCUAGCCCCAUCUGAAUGGGACAUGAUGGAGAGUGAAUAUCAACUGAACUUUCUGGCUCAACCCGAUCCAAAUGUUCGGAAAAUCGCCACACACGGAGGGAAUGGCCGCAAUCAGGUCCUGAUCGAUGACAUCCUCAUCUCUCCCGGGGAGUGUUCAGAGCGUUGGGAGUGCGAUUUCGAAAAUUCUCUUGGCUGCGGAUGGCUUUCCCAUCCCGAAUCUCAAAUACGAUGGUCUCGUUUGAAUUCAUUCAGCUAUCUAGGGGGUCCGAAAUUGGAUCACUCACUUGGAUCUGAAUUUGGCCACUACAUGGCCUUAACCAAUGAGGAACCUCGCCCCAAUGAAACCUUCGUGGAAAAUGCAUUUCUAGACAGUCCAGACAUCCAAGGUGGAUCCGAGCUUUGCGUCAAGUUCUACUACUUCAUGGAUUGCACUGGAUGCGAGCUCCAAGGCUACGCAGAUGUUCCGCAUGACAAAGGGCAUCUUCAAGGCAUUGGCAAAUCUUGGCACACGCGUGGCCAACAAGGAGCAUUUUGGUGGCCUGGCCAGUUCACAGCGAAUCUUGAUGUCAGCUACAUGAUCCGCUUCAACGGCACGAUUUCCAACGAUGAAGGGCGGCUGGCAUUAGACGACAUUCGAUUUGAAAACGGACAAUGUGUUCCAACGGAGUGCGACUUCCAAACCGACCUAUGCUCUUGGACUCAGGCUUCUUCCAUGACACUACCCGCUGAUCAUUUGGACUUUAGCUUGGAGAAUGCCAUCACAUUAGACCAGGAUCCCAAUGCUCCCAGUUUUGAUCACUCCUUACUGAGCCAAGAAGGCCGGUUCCUGUGGCUUCCUGUACGUAGUGAUCCGUCUCUUGAGGCAACUUUACUCUCAAAAGCCUUGUGGGGGGACCAAAAUCAUUGCUUGAGCUUUUUCACUUGGACUCAAGGCAAAACAGUGCCUGGAAUAGCCAUUCAAGCCUUUAACUUGGUCAACGGGAGUGUUACCAACGAAAUUGGCAAACUUGCUGACUACCAAGGUCCCUCUUGGGUUAGGCACCAAUUUGAGUAUUCAGUACCAAACGACCACAGAGUGGGAUUGAGAGUGAGUGGAAGUCAAGGUAGCACCGAAGGUUUGGCCGUGGAUGAUAUAGGAUUGAUCGAGGGACCGUGCCCAUCCCCCCCUUCGGACCAAGCGGAUUGCGGCAAUGGAGAGUUUGUGCCCCACGAGGCCGUGUGCAAUUUUCGCUUGGAUUGCUCCAAUGGACACGAUGAACUCAAUUGCGGUGACUGUAGCUUUGGGGAUUAUGACUCCUCAGACAUAUGUGGCUAUUCCAUUAUGGAGUGCACUGAUUACACGUGGAAGGUUUCCACUCCUGAAGUCAACUGCACACACGGAAUCUGUGAAGAUGCCUCCCACAAUCCCAAAGGCCAUUUCCUGAAGUUGGUUGAAGCCCAAAUAGAGGAUUGCAAUCAACCCACGCGCACCAUUUUCCUAUCUCCGACACUUCGGGAUUCGUCUCCUGAUUGCGAGUUUUCAUUUUGGUAA